CUGUGAGCCGCGGCGUAGAAGGCGAAGCGCCAGCGUCACCAGCCUAGUUCGUUUAACCCCUGUAUUCUCGACACAAGAUCGGUGCAGCAGGCUCCUGGCAGUCCUAAGCAAUUAAUUCAUCUUAGUGUACCGUUUUCCUGUUUUGAUUGCAUCAUGGAAAAUCAGUUGGCUAAAUCAACUGAAGAGCGAACUUUUCAAUACCAGGAUUCUCUUCCGUCUCUGCCUGUUCCUUCCCUUGAAGAAUCAUUAAAAAAAUACCUUGAAGCAGUAAAGCCGUUUGCAAAUAAAGAAGAAUAUAAAAAAACUGAAGAAAUUGUCCAAAAAUUUCGAGAUGGUAUUGGAAGAAAACUGCACCAGAAAUUACUUGAAAGGGCAAAAGGAAAAAGAAAUUGGCUGGAAGAGUGGUGGCUGAAUUGUACCUAUCUGGAUGUUCGUUUACCAUUGCAACUGAGUGUCAAUUUCGCUGGUCCUGCACCUUAUAUUGAACACUACUGGCCUCCAAAGGAGGGCACUCAGUUGGAAAGAGGAAGUAUAAAUCUUUGGCAUAACUUGAAUUACUGGCAGCUGUUAAGAAAAGAAAAAGUGCCUGUUGAUAAAUCUGAAAAUAGUCCUCUAGAUAUGAGUCAAUUCCGAAUGCUGUUUUCCACCUGCAGGAUUCCAGGAAUUACUAGAGAUUCAAUUAUUAGUUAUUUUAGGACUGAGAGUGAAGGCCAUUCCCCAACUCACAUUGCAGUGCUUUGUCGAGGCCGAGUUUUUGUCUUCGAUAUGAUACAUGAAGGAUGUUUGAUCACCCCACCAGAGAUUUACAGGCAAUUAACAUACAUUCACAGGAAGUGCCAUAGUGAACCUGAUGGACCUGGGAUAGCAGCAUUGACUAGUGAGGAACGAACUCAAUGGGCUAAGGCACGAGAGUAUUUGAUUAGUCUUGAUCCAGAGAAUUUGACUAUGUUAGAAAAAAUUCAGAGCAGUUUACUGGUAUAUUCCAUAGAAGAUAGCAGUCCACAUGUAACACCAGAAGAUUAUUCUCAGGUAACCACAAUGACCCUUACAGGAGAUCCAACUGUACGCUGGGGAGACAAAUCUUAUAACUUGAUUUCCUUUUCCAAUGGAGUAUUUGGCUCUAGUUGUGAUCAUGCUCCUUUUGAUGGAAUGGUUAUGAUAAACAUCGGCCAUUAUAUUAAUGAGAAAGUUUUUGAGAAUGAAGGAAGAUGGAAGGGUUCAGAAAAAGUACGGGAUAUAUCACUUCCAGAGGAACUUGUUUUCACUGUGGAUGAUAAAAUACUAAACAAUAUAAAUCAAGCUAAAGCCCAAUUUUUCAAGCAGGCAUCCGAUCUGCAGAUUGUGGUAUAUCCCUUUACAUCUUUUGGCAAAAACCUAACCAAGAAGAAGCUGCUUCACCCUGAUACAUUUAUUCAGCUUGCACUUCAGCUGGCCUAUUAUAGACUUUAUGGACGCCCUGGCAGCUGCUAUGAGACAGCUAUGACAAGGUGCUUUUAUCAUGGCCGUACAGAGACUAUGCGCUCGUGUACUAUAGAAGCGCUCCGGUGGUGUCAGUCCAUGCAGGAUCCUUCUACUGGUCUUCUUGAGAGGCAGCAGAAGAUGUUACAAGCUUUUGCAAAACAUAAUAAAAUGAUGAAAGAUUUUUCAGCUGGAAAAGGAUUUGACCGUCAUCUUUUAGGGCUUUUACUCACAGCAAAAGAGGAAGGUCUUCCUGUUCCAGAACUCUUUACAGACCCUCUUUUCUCCAAAAGUGGAGGAGGUGGAAACUUUGUUCUCUCAACAAGUCUGGUUGGUUAUUUUAAAAUCCAGGGAGUGGCAGUUCCCAUGGUCCACAAUGGCUAUGGAUUUUUCUACCAUAUCAGAGAUGACAGGUUUGUUGUGGCUUGUUCAGCCUGGAAAUCAUGUCCAGAGACUGAUGCAGAAAAGCUAGUUCUGCUGGUUUUUCAGGCUUUCCAUGAUAUGAUGCGGCUGAUGAACACUGCUCAUCUUUAGAGACUAAACAUUUAUUUAGCAUUUACAAAAAUAUUAAGGGGGGUGUGGAGAAUGGGUUGGUGAUGUGAUAGGAAGGAAUAUUAAAGGAAACUUGUUAAAUGUAGAAAUUAGUAGAAUCAUGCUCUCUAAAUUUUUUCUAACAUAGGAAGAAAAUGAUUUUUAAGCUUCUUCUGAUACAGUAGCAAUGCAAAUUGAUAUAAUGAAAUAUAGAACUAUGCAAAAGUUGAAGAUAAGUCUCAACAAUGCAAAUCUACAAAUUUUAAUAAUGCAAGUCUUAGAAGGAUUUUUGUUGGUUACCUAUAUAGGUUAUAAAUCCUGUCUCUGAACAUCAUUAUAGGGUCUGCCAAGCACUUUAACAUUUCCUAGUUGCCAGAGGGUAUGGAAUACAUGAUUAGAUGUUAACGUCCCUGAAAUCAUUGCCUUCCACAUUCACCACAGGGAUACAAGCCUAUUAUGUUUGAUGGGAAAGACCACUACAAUUUAAUGAUCAUCUAAAAGUAGACUUAGUGUUGGACAGAAGAAUUAGAGGAAGGUUUAUACUCCGAAGCACACACAGAAAAGCCCUAACAAAAUUCAUUAUAGUAUAUUGUAUUUAGGUUUUUGAAUAUAAAAUUAAAGCACUUAUUUUUAAAAUUAGAGUUAGUGACUUGAAGAUUACUGAAUCAAAUUCUCAGGAUUUUAUAAGUUUUUCCCCUGCUUUUCAAAAUAGAAAAUAA